AACGUCAGAUGUUUGUGAUAACAAUUGAGUUGUGAAAUAUGGAUUUAAAGAAGGACCUCGACCAAUAUCUGUUACUUCAAAGUAAUCAGAAGAAGUCUUUUAAAAUUACUUUACCAAAUAUCCAAAAACCAUCCAUACUCAACAAUCUCCUGCGUAAGGAAGAGCCAGAGGAAGAAGGAUGGUUUCAAGAAACAAAGAAAUCAUGCUGCCCUUCAUUGACAAGGAUGCAGAGGAUUAUAGGCUUUGGAGUGUGUUUAGGAAUGGGCAUUUUAUGCUUCACAUUAUCAGCUAUGUUUAUACCAGUAUUAUUAUUUAAAGCGAGGAGGUUUUCUCUGCUCUUUACACUUGGAAGCAGUUUCUUCUUAAUGAGCUUUUCCUUCCUAUGGGGACCCAUGAACUUCUUCAAAAUGUUGUUUUCCAAGGACAGACUACUCUUAUCACUGACAUACAUACUGACUUUAGUGGCAACUUUGUAUGCAGCUUUAUCCUAUCAGAGUACACCUUUCACAGUGCUUUUUGCUGUUGGACAAGUGAUUACAUUGUUGUGGAUGGUUGUGAUAAAUAUACCUGGUGGGUCUACAGGGAUUUCAAUGUUUGGAAGGAUGUUUUCAUAUGGUGUUUCGAACACUCUGCCAAUUUGAGACAAAUUUACUGUACAGCAUUUCAUGUAUAUAUUAUUUAUAAUGAUUUUAUAUUAAACAUUUAUCUGACUUCCUCUUGUUUCGUUUUUCCCAUGAA